AUGGAGGAGAAGCAGAAGAAGUUUGUUUAUGCUGUUAGAAACAAGAGAGAUUUGUCGUGUUCCGAAACUGGUGCCGAUGGAAAUACCAGUUAUGGUCUUAGAGAGAAUCCUAGGAAAACAAUGAGGUUUGUGCAUUCGAAUCAGCAUCAGCAUCGUGAACGUCGUCAUGAUGAUGCUGCUGCAAAUGCGGAUAUGGAGCAUGAAAUGAUCAGGUUCUGUAAAGAAUGUGGGAAGGGCUUUCCUUCACUGAAAGCUCUUUGUGGUCACAUGGCUUCUCAUUCUGAGAAAGAGAAAAAGAUCAAUAGAUUUGAUCAAGUCAUGGAAGAUAGUCAAUCUGAUGAUGAUACUGAUGAUGAUGCUGCAACAACAAUGAAUCUGAGGAAAUCGAAGAGAAGAAUUAGGUUCAAGUCUCUUACUCUUUCGAAUCAAAUCAACCUUCUUCUUGUUCUGUUGAUGGUUCUUCAUCUAUGUCAGAGAUGGAACAAGAACAACAACAAGAGGUUGCUAUGUGUUUGA